AGGACGCGCCGGGCUCUCCGAGGUGGCCGGGCCUGCGUCUCUGGGGCGAGCCGAGGUUUCGGCGGCGGGCGGGGCACGCCGGGAAAGGUUCCGGGAAGGCGGGCCGCCCGCCGAGACCCGGCGCGGAAGUCGCCGGUGCCCGUGUGUCCUCCGCCCGGACCUGCCGCCAUGUCGUCGGGGGACGCGGGGCCCGGCGGGCGGGAGGCGGCCCCGCGCGCGGCGGCCGCGCUCUGCGGCUUCCUCCACGAGGCCGGGCAUCGGCUGAGGCGCCUGCAGGACCAGCUGGCCGCGCGAGACGCCCUCAUAGAGCGCCUCCGCGCCCGCCUGGCCGCGCUCGACGGGGACACGGCGCCGUCGCUCGUGGACGCGCUGCUGGCGCAGGUGGCGCGCCUCCAGGAGCAGCUCCGGCAGCAGGAGGGCGGCGCCGCCGAGGCCGCGCUGCGCCAGGAAAUCGAGAGACUUUCUGAGCAACUGGAAGAGAAAGAAAGGGAGACGCAGCAGCUGCUGGGCCAGCCAGAGCACGAGCGGGAGAAGGAAGUCGCCCUGCUGCAGAGAAGCGUGGCAGAGAAGGAGCGGGCCUGGGCUGCCAGCCACGUUGUGUGCCGCUCCCUGGCGGAGGAGACCCGGCAGCUGCGGAGGGCCCUGGCGGCCACUGCUCACAUGUGCCAGCAUCUGGCCAAGUGUCUGGAUGAACGCCAGCACGCACAGCGUGACCCUGGGGAGAAAGGUCCUCAGCCAGAAUGUACAGCCAGGGCUGCCUCCGUCCAGGCUGCCUCUGUCCAGGCUGCCGUGGAGAAGUUACAGGAGGAAAACCAGCUGCUGACGCAGAGGGUGGCUCACGUUGAAGACCUCAACGCCAGGUGGCAACGCUACGACGCCAGCAGGGAGGAGCACGUGAGGGGCCUCCAUGCACAGCUGAGGGGGCUGCAGGGCCCCCAUGAGCCCACUGGACCCUCCCCUCCCGAGCUGAUGAAGGAGAUUUCCCGGCUCAAUAGGCAGCUGGAGGACAAGAUGCACGACUGUGCGUCCAUGAGGCAGGAGCUGGCGGCCACGCAGAGGGCCCGGGACGGUGCACUGGAGCGCGUGCAGAUGCUGGAGCAGCAGAUCCUCGCUUACAAGGACGACUUCACCUCAGAAAGGGCCGAUCGGGAGCGGGCUCAGGGCAGGAUUCAAGAGCUGGAGGAAAAGGUGGCCGCCUUGCAGCACCAGGCGCCCUGCGGACAGGACUCCCGAGAGCCAGGCUCCUGCUGGAUUCACGCUGGGAGUGAGGCCCCCAGGUACCUGGAAACAGGUGCUCUGGAGUGGGCAGCAGCCAGUGGCCGGAGGCCUGAGACUGGGUCCCAGUGGCUGCAGGGCCUUGCAGAACGCGAGCACUCCAGAGGAACACGAGGCGGCCAGGGGGACCUCCAGUGCCCCCACUGCCUGCAGUGCUUCAGCGACGAGCAGGGCGAGGACCUCUUCAGGCAUGUGGCUGAGUGCUGCCAGUGAGCCCUGAGGCGGGUCCGCCGCCCUGUGGAACUGAGGGGGCCUGCCCUGAGGGUCAGGGUGGGUGCGCUCAGCAUGACACUGAAGCUCCCAAGACCCCCCCCUAAGUUGGGGUUGCUUCUGGUCCUGCAUCCUGGUCCCCUCAGGCCUUGGAGCGGACCAGGUCAGAACAUCCAGCAGUGCUAAGGCAGAGAUGAGCCGGGAGUGUCUGUCCUGGGAGGCCCGGCUUUGCUGCUGGCCUGGAGUCUGGGCCCUCAAGCUGUUGGGCGAAGCUGGAGGCAGUCUGGUGCAGGACCUCCUGGGCUGCACUACAGCCCUGCCUGCACCUGGGGACGCUGCAGUGUUCUGGGAAGAGAUGGCUGCCUGUGGGCCCUGGCUUGUGGGCCACAUGUGUGGCGCCAAGCACCAGGGCUGCACAGUGUGGCUGUGUGUCUGUACUGAAAUGCACUGAACUGCAAGAGUGUUUGUCACAUAUCUAGAAGUUAGAGCACAUUUAUUUCACGUUUACUUAUUGUUAUAAUAAAUGCACUUGUUAUGUGA